AUUCAUCAAAGCCGGGGUAAGUAGACCGUAUAGCCGUCCAAAGCUGGCGUGGCCAGCAGAAAAGACAUAUUGGACGGCCGAGAUCUAAUCAGGAAGCAGAAGACCCCUGGGCGAACAUGCCGAAAGGCUGCCAGACAGGUCAGCAAUCUUUUCUCGUGGUCGGAAUGAUUCCCUCCCCUCCUCCCACCCCCCACACAUUUAUUUUGGUUUCAUUUCAUUUGCAUUUCGCUCCCCACUCUGUAUAUAAACUUCCUCUGCUCCUUCGUCUCAUUUUGUUGUGCUUCGCUCGGCGAGAGAGAGAGCGAGAGAGAGCGAACCUAGAGUGGACAGGAGAGACAUAGAGUCAGCCGUCGCUUCCGGUGGUUGGCUUCGCCGUUCUCGAUCUUCUUCUAGUUUCUCCGCAAUCGCAAGAAAUGGCUGAUGCUGAGGAUAUUCAACCUCUUGUUUGUGAUAAUGGAACUGGGAUGGUGAAGGCUGGCUUUGCUGGAGAUGAUGCUCCCAGGGCAGUGUUUCCUAGUAUUGUUGGUCGACCCAGGCAUACUGGUGUCAUGGUUGGGAUGGGCCAAAAGGAUGCUUAUGUAGGUGAUGAGGCCCAGUCUAAAAGAGGUAUCCUUACCUUGAAAUAUCCUAUCGAGCAUGGUAUAGUCAGCAACUGGGAUGACAUGGAAAAAAUCUGGCAUCACACUUUCUACAAUGAGCUUCGUGUUGCUCCUGAGGAGCACCCUGUGCUUCUCACUGAAGCCCCACUUAACCCUAAGGCUAACAGAGAAAAGAUGACUCAAAUCAUGUUUGAGACCUUCAAUGUGCCAGCUAUGUAUGUUGCCAUUCAGGCUGUUCUUUCUUUAUAUGCCAGUGGUCGUACAACUGGUAUUGUGCUGGAUUCUGGUGAUGGUGUGAGUCACACUGUGCCAAUAUAUGAAGGGUAUGCCCUUCCUCAUGCCAUACUUAGACUGGACCUCGCUGGCCGCGAUCUCACAGAUGCCUUGAUGAAAAUUCUCACGGAGAGAGGGUAUAUGUUCACCACCACUGCUGAACGGGAAAUUGUCCGUGACAUGAAGGAAAAGCUUGCAUAUGUAGCACUUGACUAUGAGCAGGAGUUGGAAACUGCCAAGAGCAGCUCCUCAGUUGAAAAGAACUAUGAAUUGCCUGAUGGUCAAGUCAUCACAAUUGGUGCUGAGAGAUUCCGUUGCCCUGAAGUCCUAUUCCAGCCAUCUCUGAUCGGAAUGGAAGCUGCAGGAAUUCACGAGACUACCUACAACUCCAUCAUGAAGUGUGAUGUUGAUAUUAGGAAGGAUCUCUAUGGCAAUAUUGUUCUCAGUGGUGGCUCAACCAUGUUCCCUGGCAUUGCAGACCGAAUGAGCAAGGAGAUUACAGCUCUUGCUCCCAGCAGCAUGAAGAUCAAGGUUGUGGCACCACCUGAGAGAAAGUACAGUGUCUGGAUUGGAGGAUCAAUCCUUGCAUCUCUCAGCACCUUCCAGCAGAUGUGGAUUUCAAAGGCAGAGUAUGAUGAGUCUGGUCCUUCCAUUGUCCACAGGAAGUGCUUCUGAGUUCUACAAGUGCUUUGUUGGUGAGUUCCUUUUCCCCCGUUUAGUUGGCUUUUUUUGUGUCAUUUGUCAUGAAAUCAGGUCGGUUGACACGGAGAAGUGUCAAGGGAUUAUUGAAGGAGGGUAUCAUCUCAUGAUUUGAUGUAUUAUAGCUUUUCAUUUGUCAAAAGUUGGUUGUGCUCUUUAGCUACAUAUGAGAGGCUUACAUGUAAUGACCCUCUUGGUGGAGGCAGAUCUUCAGUCUUCACGACUUCUCUGACCGCCUUGCCUUGCAUCAUGUGGUUCAGCAGCACCCCCCCCCCCCCCCCCCCGGCCCCUCCCCCCUCUCUCUCUCUCUCUCUAUUGUGAUGCUUUUUUUUUUAAUCUCUGUUCUUUUUGAAGUUUUUUUUCCCAUGGGAACAGUUAUGUCAAUAUCUUGUAUGAGAAUUUUAUUUAGUGUCAGUUUGCGGUGGUCAUAAAACUUCUAUGGAAAUUAUAUUUAAUACUUUGGUUGGAA